UCUGGGUAGAGAGACACAGGAGUCCAGCAGCUCAAAUCUCUGCAAGAUCUUCAGCUGAAAAGCAUGCAUCUCCGCCCUCUGUCCCUCUCUUUCUUCCUCCUCCUGGUUGCCAAGGCAGCUGUGGUGUGUGUUACCGUGACAACCACACUCCACGGUUUCCGAGGGUGCGCGGUGCGAGAGUUCUCCUUUGUGGCCCAGAAGCCUGGCUGCAAGGGACUACGCAUCACCACCGAGGCCUGCUGGGGGCGCUGCCACACCUGGGAGAAACCAGUGCCGGAUCCCCCCUACAUCCAGCGACACCACCGUGUGUGUACGUACAGCCGUACCCGCCACAUGACCGCCCGGCUGCCGGGCUGCCAGCCCAAUGUGUCCCCUCUCUACCACUAUCCCAUGGCCCUGCACUGCCACUGUGCCAUCUGCUCCACACAGGACACAGAGUGUGAGACCUUCUGAGGGACAGAGCAGCACUUUCAGCAGACAGUGUUAAAGUGUGUCACUGACAUGAAUGACACAGGUUAAAAAGAUGGAAUCAAGGUAUUUGAGGAGGUGGGGGACUUCCUGAGGGGUUAUGACAGCGAGACGUGUUAGCAAGAAGAUUAUUUAGAAAAGGCCUUGGAUGAAGGAUACUUGACUAAAAGUUAUCCCCCCUGUAGACUGAAGAACAUGUGUGUGUGUCAAUAUACAGCAUAUGUCUGUAGGAAAGGAGAAAUGAAUGAAAUAAAAAUAAGGAUCAGAAUAUUAGAA